AUGCACGCCCCAGUGCUCAUGCUGGCCCUGCUGGCUGGAGCAUGCUGCCUGGAUGGAGUCUCCGCAGCGAUAGCACCCGCGCCCUGGAUUGCUCUUCCAGCGCCUGCGCCAGCCCCUGCGCCUGCAGACAUGCCCCACUCUAACACCUACGGCUCUGGCCUCGCCACGAUGGCCUUCAUAGCCAGCAUUUCUGGCGGAAGUGGUGGCCUCCCCCCACCGCCACCGCCGCCGCCACCUCCGCCACCGCCACCACCGCCGCCGCCGGGGGACGCAUCCCCCAGCAGCCCAUCGGACUCGCCCUUGCCUCCUCAGGCCCCGGGAAGCACGGAGGUGGCAGCGACUAAGGCGACAGCAGAGACAACUAAUGCGCCGGCCCCGCGCUACUCGGACAACUUCUGUCAAGUCUACAUCCAGACCAGCGGCGUUUGGCGGACCUGGGACGGCUACGCAUCCGUCCUCAACUUCUAUCUGACAAACAGGGGAGCUGCGGAGAUCGCCCCGGUGUACACUUUCGAGGUGACUAACUACAACUACCUGCGAGUCGACCAGUCCUGGAAUUGGGUGGUGUCGGCAGUCAACGGCGAUGGCACGGCCAUCGGUACCGUCAAAGAGUUCUGGCAGACGAUGCAGCCCUUUGGCGGGAACCAGGUCAACGUGGGCGCUGUCUUCGUGGGAAGCUCGCCCCAGAACUUCUACCCUCAAAAGAUCACCGUAAACGGGGUGACCUGCCGAACACAGCAGCUCUGA